AUGGGUUGGGAAAAUGAAGAUGAUGAACCUAAGGUUGGCAUGAAAUUUAAUUCUACAGAAGAAGUUGACAAAUAUUACAAGAAUUAUGCUAGAUGUAUAGGUUUUGGAGUUAGCAAAAUCAGUACAAAAAAUGGAGAUGAUGGAAAAAAGUAUUUUACUCUAGGGUGUAACCGUGCAAGAAGCUAUGCGAAUGGAACAAUUGCUAUUUCUAAGGUUGCUCUUGAGCAUAAUCAUGACUUAAUAAGUCCAAGCAAAUCAAGAUAUUUUAGAUGCAACAAGAAUAUAGACCCUAGUAUAAAAAGGAGAUUGGAGGUUAAUGACCAAGCUGGGAUUAAUGUAAGUAGAAAUUUUCGGUCUAUGGUUGUUGAAGCAAGUGGAUAUGAUAACCUUACAUUCGGGGAAAAAGAUGCUAGAAACUACAUAGACAAAGUGAGGCGGCUUCGACUUGGGACAGGAGAUGCUGAAGCCAUUCAAAAUUAUUUUGUUAGAAUGCAAAGAAGAAAUAGUGAAUUUUAUUAUGUAAUGGAUGUGGAUGACACAAGUCGUUUACGAAAUGUUUUUUGGGCAGAUGCGAGAUGCAGGGCUGCUUAUGAGUAUUUUGGUGAAGUAAUAACCUUUGACACCACUUACUUAACAAAUAAAUAUGACAUGCCUUUUGCUCCUUUUGUUGGAGUAAAUCAUCAUGGUCAGUCAAUUCUGUUAGGUUGCGCCCUAUUGUCGAAGGAGGAUUCUAUAACUUUUUCUUGGUUGUUCACUACUUGGUUAGAAUGUAUGCGUGGGCGUGCACCACAAGCCAUAAUUACUGACCAAGAUAGAGCAAUGAAAAAUGCAGUUGAGGACGUCUUCCCAAAAGCUCGCCAUCGGUGGUGCUUGUGGCAUAUAAUGAAAAAGGUUCCAGAAAAAUUGAGUAGACUCUCUAACUAUGAGUCUAUCAAAAUACUUUUGCAUGAUGCGGUGUAUGAUUCUUUGAGCAUAAGUGAUUUCAUGGAGAAGUGGGAAAAAAUGAUUGAAUGUUAUGAACUUCAUGAUAAUGAAUGGUUGAAAGGGUUGUUUGAUGAGCGUCAUCGUUGGGUUCCUGUAUAUUUGAGAGACACAUUUUGGGCUGGAAUGUCAACUACACAACGAAGUGAAAGUAUGAACGCAUUUUUUGAUGGAUAUGUGAACUCAAAGACAUCAUUGAAGCAAUUUGUUGAACAAUAUGAUAAUGCAUUGAAAGAUAAAAUUGAAAAGGAAAAUAUGGCUGAUUUUAGUUCAUUCAAUAGAAUUAUUGCUUGUAUAAGUCAUUUUGGAUUUGAAUCUCAAUUUCAAAAGGCAUAUACCAACGCAAAAUUCAAAGAGUUUCAAGUAGAAGUGGCUUCUAUGAUGUACUGCCAUGCUUUCUUUGAGAGAAUAGAGGCUAUGAACUUAACAUACUGUGUUACAGAAAGUAAAAAGGUAUUUGAUGAAGUUAAAGACAUAAUGUUCAAGGUAUUCUUCAAUGAGAAAGACUUUGAAAUACGAUGUACAUGCUGUUUAUUUGAGUUUAAGGGUAUUUUAUGUAGACAUAUCCUUUGUGUUCUUAAGCUCACAGCUAAAACAGAGUCAGUGCCCUCUUGUUAUAUAUUGCCGAGAUGGAGGAAGGAUAUUAAGCGAAGAUACACACUUAUUAAAAGUGGUUUUGAUCAAUUAUCCGAAAAUGAAGAGUUGCAGCGUGUAGCUAAAGCUUGCGAUGCCUUUUACGAAGUUGCUUCUUCAUGUAUCCAUACUGAAAAAGAUUUAUCGAAAGUAAUGGAUAGAAUAGAGAACUUAAAACUGGAGAUGACAUGUCAAGAAAGUUUUUCAGAGAUCACUGAAGGAGAUAACUUAGUUCAGAAUCAGAUGACUAAAAUUCUUGAUCCUGCAGUGACUCGAAGUAAAGGGCGUCCUCCUUCAAAAAGGAAGGCUUCUAAAGUUGAUCAAAGUGUGAAAAGGAAGCUUGCUGGAAAGAAAGGACAAAAAAGCAACAAAAAAAAUAACACUUAUCAAAGUCAAGAAGAGGGGCCUAGUAUAUCUAAAGUUCAAGAAAAUCAAGAGUUCUCUAUAUCUCAGACCAUUGAUCUUGAUGUGAUCGACACACAAGAGAGCAUUCAUGUAAAACAAAUGUUAGCUCCCUUCAAUCCAAAUCAAAAAUAUCUUGAUGUUGAUAAGGUUCCAUAUUAUUCUCAAAGCAUAAACCACGAUGUUUCAUAUUUAGAGCUUUUACAGGCACAACACCAUAUAAAUGAUCAUCCAUCAUCAUGA